CUCAUGGAGGAAGUGUUGGCAGGGAAACAACAAAACAGCAUUGUCAUCAUAAAAUGCUGUCAUCUUUGUGAUGUCAUACAGUCUGUCAGUCUGACAGACAACCCAGCCAUUUCUGAAAUGAAUAACAAUGAUUUCGCAGACAGAACAAACUUAAAUAAAAAGUUUGAUUUUUUCGUUGAGUUUCGAAGAGAAGUUUCGAAAUAAAUUAAUUAGCAGUUUCGAUAUUUAUUAACUCUUGAUGACCGGAGAAAUUGUGAGCAUCAAUAUUGGACAAGCUGGCGUUCAGUUUGCUGAAUCCUGUUGGGAAUUGUAUUGUCUUGAACAUGGAGUUGAGCCUGAUGGCAGACUAAAAUGUAACUGUUUUCACGAGCACAAAAACAAUCGUCUUGACUCAAUAUUUUACGAAACAGAGAAAUCUUUAAUUGUUCCUCGUGCUAUGUUUAUUGACCUUGAACCAACCGUAAUUGAUGUUGUACGUUCCGGAAAAUUCAAGAGCCUCUUUCAUCCAAACACUUUUCUGUCUGGGAAAGAAGAUGCUGCCAAUAACUUUGCCCGUGGCUACUAUGGGGUUGGCCGAGAAGCGUUAGAGGUUGCUGUUGAGAGAAUAGAAAAACUUGCUGAAGACUGCGAUCAGUUACAAGGUUUCCUUAUUUCUCACAGUUUAGGUGGCGGUACCGGUUCUGGUUUCACAGCAAUCCUAGCACAAGCUCUUAGUCAGCUCUUUCCAAAGAAAUCAAAGAUUAAUUUCAUUGUUUACCCGUCACCUCAUUUAUCGACAAGCAUGGUGGAACCAUACAACUCACUGCUCACCACACACUGCACUAUGGACCAUUCCGACUGCAGUUUCCUUCUUGACAAUGAAGCUAUUUAUAAAAUCUGUCAUAACAAGCUUAAAGUUUCACGUCCAAUGUACAAAAACCUGAACCAGGUCAUUUCUCAUGUACUCAGCUCAAUUACAACCCCACUACGUUUUGAAGGUUCCCUUCAAGUAAACCUUAGUGCAUUUCAGACCAACCUGGUACCUUAUCCUCGAAUUCACUUUCCCCUGGCCACUUACUCUCCACUAAUGUCAGACGUGAAUAUUUUACGCUCAGUGGUAAGCAUUCAACAUUUAACCAACCAGUGUUUUGCACCUCACAAUCAAAUGGUUAAUUGUUCACCUCAAUCUGGUAAAUACAUGGCAUGUUGCCUCCUCUACAGAGGCGAUGUUUGCCCAAGUAAGGUUAAUUAUGCAUUGCAAAACAUCAAGCGAUCAAGCAAGAUACAUUUUGUUGACUGGUGUCCGACUGGAUUCAAAAUAGGCAUCAACAGUCAACCCCCAUUUUCAGUUCCUGGUAGUGACAUAGGGAAUUCUAUUCGAGCUGUUUGCAUGCUUAGUAAUACAACAGCAAUUCGUGAAGCCUGGGCACGUCUUGAUUACAAAUUUGAUUUAAUGUUUCGCAAAAAAGCUUUUGUUCAUUGGUAUAUUUCUGAAGGCAUGACAUUAGAUGAAUUUCUUGAGACACGAGAAAAUAUGGCUGCACUGGAAGAAGACUACAAGGAGGCUGGUGCUGACACAGUAUUUGUGGAUGAAGAGGAACAAGGAGUGGCAGAAUAUUGAACAUAUUAAAACAGAGUCACUUCUAGACUGUCGGAUGACAUUACACUCACUGAAUGUGAGAACAGGAACAAUUUUCAUUUAUUUCACUGAAUGUGAAAGUAGGAACAAUUUCAACAUUGUAUUUACACGUAGCUUCUGAAAUAUACACUCUCUCUUUUCAACAUUUGUCUCUCACAUCAGUGUAACAUUUUUCAUUCUACACAUUUGCACCUAUUUGCUUGUGUUCCUGUUGUUAUAUUUUUUCCACAAAAACCAUUUGAAGUGUAAUUUAAACAAGAAUAAAAAUAAAGCAACAGAUAUUUAUUCUUUUCGUA